AUGCCUGUGCCCGAUCGCUCCAUUAGGAUCUGCGCAGACCGCGGCGGGACGUUCUGCGACGUCCACGCGUCCUUCCCCGACCCGGACAACAAUGCUGAGAGGAAGGAUAUCGUUGUGAAGCUUCUUUCGCAGGAUCCUAACAACUACCGCGAUGCGCCGACAGAGGGUAUCCGGAGGAUCCUCGAAAUCGUCACUGGAGAGAAGAUCCCGCGUGGGCAGGUCUUGGAAACAAGCAAGAUCGAUUACAUCCGGCUGUCCACCACAGUAGCCACGAACGCCCUGCUCGAGCGCAAGGGUCACAAGCACGCGCUCCUCAUCACGAAGGGCUUCAAGGACCUCCUUCUCAUCGGGAACCAGGCCCGCCCAAAGAUCUUCGAUCUAAACAUCCGCCGCCCGCCUCCUCUCUACUCGACGGUGCUCGAAGUGGACGAGCGCGUCACGCUCGUGGGCUAUACAUCCGAUCCACAGGCAGAGCAACACGGGGUGCAGUUCGACGAGAACGGCAAGGUCACUCGAGGGUAUCGGGGUAAGGGCUGGGAUGGCGAGGGCGACGCUGAGGGACCCGGCGAGAUCGUGCAGGGCCUGUCGGGCGAGGCGGUCAGGAUCAUGAAGCGACCAGACUUGGACGCGGUCAAGCAGAGCCUCCAAACAUUCUACGACGACGGCUUCCGCUCCAUCGCCAUCGUCUUCUGCCACUCCUACACUUUCCCCGAGCACGAGCAGCAGGUCGGCGACCUCGCACGCUCCAUCGGCUUCACGCACGUCUCCGAGUCCUCCCGGCUCCUGCCCAUGAUCAAGAUGGUGCCUCGCGGCGUGUCGUCCACCGCGGACGCGUACCUCACCCCAAUCCUGCGCGACUACCUCGACGGGUUCUUCGCCGGGUUCGACGAGAAGCUCAAGGACGGCAGGCUGCGUAGCCCAAGGGUGGAGUUCAUGGGCAGUGAUGGAGGAUUGCUGGACUUGACGAACUUCACGGGGCUGAAGAGUAUCCUGAGUGGCCCGGCGGGUGGGGUGGUCGGGUAUGCCUUGACAAGCUGGGACGAGCAGAAGAGGCACCCGAUCAUUGGUCUGGAUGUCGGUGGUACAUCCACGGACGUAUCGCGCUUCGACGGCCGCUACGAGGUUGUGUACGAGACCACGACCGCCGGUGUAACUAUUCAGUCACCUCAGCUAGACAUCAACACUGUCGCAGCAGGCGGAGGUUCCUGCCUCAACUUCCGUAAUGGUCUCUUCCUCGCCGGCCCUGAGAGUGCAGGCGCGGAGCCCGGACCUGCCUGCUACCGCAAGGGUGGCCCGCUCGCCGUGACCGACGCAAACCUCGUGCUGGGCCGGCUCGUGCCCGACUACUUCCCCAAGAUCUUCGGCAAGUCUGAGAAGGAACCGCUCGACACGGACGCGUCGCGCUCCGCUUUCGAGGCGCUCGCGAAGGAGAUCAAUGCGAACCAGGAGAAGCAGCUCGAGCUCGACGAGAUCGUGUACGGGUUCAUCAAGGUCGCGAACGAGACUAUGGCGCGCCCGAUCCGCGCGCUCACAGAGGCGAGGGGCUAUGCGCUGUCGAAGCACAUAUUGGCAAGCUUUGGUGGUGCCGGCGGUCAGCAUGCCUGCGAGAUCGCACAGCUGUUGGGCAUCAAGACCAUCCUCAUCCACCGAUACAGCUCCAUCUUGUCAGCAUACGGGCUGGCACUCGCCGACCGUGUCUUCGAGCUGCAGCAACCUUCGUCGACCUUCUACACCCCGGGGAACCGCUCGACGCUCGUCUCCCGCCUCGACAAGCUCGACGCCGAUGUGCGCGCGGAGCUCGCCCGGCAAGGCUUCGAAGGCGAACACCUGCACACCGAGCGUAUGCUCAACAUGCGCUUCGAGGGUACCGACACCGCGCUGAUGGUGCUCCCCGACGGCAAGGACGGCGACGGGCACGAGGACUUCGAGGCUGCAUUCAAGCGCGUGUACAAGACCGAGUUCGGGUUCCUGCUUGACACCAAGUCUGUCAUCGUCGACGACAUCAAGGUGCGCGGGAUCGGGAAGACGUUCGACUCCCUUGGCGAGUCCGUCUACGCGGAGGUCGCAAAAUUGGCGACGCAGGCAGUGGACACGAAGAAGGCGGACACGACGUGGAGCGUGUACUUUGACCGUGUCGGGCGCGUGAAGGACACCCCCGUGUACUUGCUGCCGUCCCUCGAUGUCGGCGACGUCAUUGAGGGCCCGGCGAUGAUCAUCGACAACACGCAGACGAUCGUGCUCAUCCCAGGAGCGAAGGCCGUGUUGACGAGCAAGCAUUUGUAUAUCACUCUGGAAUAG